AUGAGAGGCGACAGAACUCCGAACGCAAGAAAUCCUAGUGGAUACUGGUGGAAUCACUACUCCAAAUUCAAGGUUCGAUACGUUCUCUUAUUCAAACCAAAUUGCUAG